CCCAACAUACCACCACCUCCAACCCGCCACAACCCGCCAUCUCAGCUCGACGCUCGCCCUCAUAAAUCCACGGCGCAUCGCAUUUCUUACCCUCGACGACCCUCGACGACCUACUCUACAACCAUCCCAUCGCUGGACCAGGUGCACAGCUGCCCUGGUCCCCCUUGACCGACGACACCAUGACCGUCUACUCUUUCCACAUAUUCGACCGCCACACUGAAUGCGUCUACUCUAAAUCCUGGGUCCAGCACCCGCAGAACCCGGACACGCCCGCCAGCGCCGGCGGUGCCCCGGCGACCACCACGACGUCGCACACCUCCUCGGACGAGGCGAAGCUCAUCUUCGGCACCAUCUUUUCCCUGCGCAACAUGGUCCGCAAGCUCGGCGGCGACGACGAUGCCUUCAUCAGCUUCCGCACCGCCCAGUACAAGCUUCACUUCUACGAAACCCCCGCGAACCUGCGCUUCGUUAUCCUCACCGACACCGUGACCCCGAGCAUGCGCAAUGUCCUGCACCAGAUUUACAUCAACUUGUGGGUUGAGUACGUGGUGAAAAAUCCUCUAGCCCCUGUUGAACACAAGGGCGGCGACGGAGUCAAAAACGAGCUCUUUGAGCUGGGUCUAGAUCAAUUCAUUAGGGGACUCAUAUGAGCAUCCUCGGCAACCCACGAGGUGUCGCAGGAAAAUCACCCCCUUUCGCCUUUCGGGGACCGACGGCCCGAAAAACGAAGGAUGCCAGCCCACGAAGGAGCCCGCCAGGAGGAGCCUCUAGUGAGUGACGACGGCAUGACGGGAUCCGGCUCAUCACCUUCUCCGGUUGUGCCAGUCAUUGGUGUCCAAAGCCCUCGAUCGCCCCUCCCCCUUCUCCGGGGCCCUCGGCCUGUCCAGACGACACGCUGGCAUGUGGAACCAACGGCAGCGGGAAAAGAAGACAGCGUCAGGGAGCCGACCUUCCGGCGUCAAGGAGGAGGUUGACGGGGUUGGUCAAAAUAGAGGAAGACACAAAGACAAGAGAUAGCUAUACCCAACGCCGAACUCUCCGGCACCAAUGUUACACGGGAUAUCCCCGAAUUCAC